GGGGAAGGCGUGACCUGAAUGGAGAAUGCCAGCCAAUUCCAGAGACACACAGGGACCUCAGAACAAAGAUAAGGCAUCGCUGACACCACACCGGGGACGAGCUCGCAGACAAGUCAGGCCGGGGGGACCAGGCAGCCAGGAGCACCCAAGGCAGGAAAAUGAGGUGGCUCCUUCUCUCUCACGCUCUGUGCUUCUCCUUGUUGAAGGCUUUGGCCCACAUAGUGGAGCUUAACAAUAUGUUUGGCCAGAUUCAGUCGCCUGGCUAUCCAGACUCUUAUCCAAGUGAUUCAGAGGUGACGUGGAAUAUCACUGUCCCAGAGGGAUUUCGGAUCAAGCUUUACUUCAUGCACUUCAACUUGGAAUCCUCUUACCUUUGUGAAUACGACUAUGUGAAGGUAGAAACUGAGGAGCAGGUGCUGGCAACCUUCUGUGGCAGGGAGACCACAGACACAGAACAGACCCCUGGCCAGGAAGUGGUCCUCUCCCCUGGCUCCUUCAUGUCUAUCACUUUCCGUUCAGAUUUCUCCAACGAGGAGCGAUUCACAGGCUUUGAGGCCCACUACAUGGCUGUGGAUGUGGACGAGUGCAUGGAGCGGGAAGACGAGGAGCUGUCCUGUGACCACUACUGCCAUAACUACAUCGGCGGCUACUACUGCUCCUGCCGCUUCGGCUACAUCCUCCACACAGACAACAGGACCUGCCGAGUGGAGUGCAGUGACAACCUCUUCACGCAGAGGACUGGCGUGAUCACCAGCCCCGACUUCCCCAGCCCUUACCCUAAGAGCUCCGAAUGCGUCUACACCAUUGAGCUGGAGGAGGGUUUCAUGAUCACCCUGCAGUUUGAGGACAUUUUCGACAUUGAGGACCAUCCUGAGGUGUCCUGCCCCUAUGACUACAUCAAGAUUAAAACCGGUCCAAAAGUUCUGGGGCCCUUCUGUGGAGAGAAAGCCCCAGAACCCAUCAGUACCCAGAGCCACAGCGUUCAGAUCCUGUUCCGCAGUGACAACUCAGGCGAGAACCGGGGCUGGAGGCUGUUGUACAGGGCAACAGGGAAUGAGUGCCCCAAGCUGCAGCCUCCUGUCCAUGGGAAUAUCGAGCCCUUGCAAGCCAAGUACUUUUUCAAAGACCAGGUGCUCAUCAGCUGUGACACAGGCCACAAAGUGCUGAAGGAUAAUGUGGAGAUGGACACGUUCCAGAUCGAGUGUCUGAAGGAUGGGACGUGGAGUAACAAGAUUCCCACCUGUAAAAUUGUGGACUGUGGAGCCCCAGCAGAGCUGGAAAACGGACUGGUCACAUUUUCCACCAGAAACAACCUUACCACAUACAAAUCUGAGAUCAGAUACUCCUGCCAGCAGCCCUACUACAAGAUGCUGCACAGUAUCACAGAUGUAUAUACGUGUUCUGCCCAAGGAGUCUGGAUGAAUGAAGUCCUGGGGAGAAGCCAGCCCACCUGCCUGCCAGCGUGUGGCCAGCCCUCGCGCUCCCUGCCAAACCUGGUCAAGCGGAUCAUCGGGGGCCGGAAUGCUGAGCCCGGCCUCUUCCCGUGGCAGGCCCUGAUCGUGGUGGAGGACACCUCAAGGGUGCCCAAUGACAAGUGGUUUGGGAGCGGGGCCCUGCUCUCUGAGUCCUGGAUCCUCACGGCAGCCCACGUGCUGCGCUCCCAGCGCAGAGACAACACGGUGACACCGGUCUCCAAGGAGCACGUCACCGUCUACCUGGGCCUGCAUGACGUGCGGGACAAAUCGGGGGCUGUCAACAGCUCGGCCGCCCGAGUGGUGCUCCACCCAGACUUCGACAUCCAGAACUACAACCACGACAUCGCUCUGGUGCAGCUGCGGGAGCCCGUGCCCCUGGGGCCUCAUAUCAUGCCCAUCUGCCUGCCGCGACCCGAGCCCGAAGGCCCGGCGCCCCACAUGCUGGGGCUGGUAGCUGGUUGGGGCAUCUCCAAUCCUAACGUGACGGUGGACGAGAUCAUCAGCAGUGGCACGCGGACCUUGUCAGACGUCCUGCAGUACGUCAAGUUACCCGUGGUGCCGCACGCCGAGUGCAAGACUAGCUACGAGUCCCGGUCAGGCAACUACAGCGUCACAGAGAACAUGUUCUGUGCCGGCUACUACGAGGGUGGCAAGGACACGUGCCUGGGGGACAGCGGCGGCGCCUUUGUCAUCCUCGACGACUCGAGCCAGCGCUGGGUGGCCCAAGGCCUGGUGUCCUGGGGGGGCCCCGAAGAAUGUGGCAGCAAGCAGGUGUAUGGGGUCUACACCAAGGUCUCCAACUACGUGGACUGGGUGUGGGAGCAGAUAGGCUCCCCGCGGGGCCUGGGGGAGCUCCAGGUGGAGCGGUGAGCUGCGUUACGUCCUCGGGGCGCCUGCCCUGGCCAGCCCGAGCGAGGCUGCACCACACACUCCCAAAGACGGCACACUCCAUGUUACUCACGUGACCAGUGGGAUGGACCACGCUGCUCCCACCCUCCCAAGACAGCCCCUGGGACCCUGAGAGGCAGCAAUGUGGUACAGGGAAAAGGCCCUACACAGGAGGCCUGGGUCGCUGGCCCUGGGCGAGUCCCCUCCCCUCUCCAGGCCUCCUUCUCCCCGCAGUACAGUGAGGGAGCUAGACUGGGGCCAGUACCCCCCACUCCUCUCCCGAAUACUCACCCCAGGGGCCUCGUUCACUGCUAGUCAUUUGUCAAACCCAGUGGCCCUGCUCUCACUCUUGGCGUAACUGAGCUUGGACCUGACUGUUAGAAAAUGUUUCCUUGCCGUGAGCUAAGUCCGUGUGUUCUCCCAGCUUUGCCCUCUGGGUACAUUCUGGCCGAAAACUCCUCAGGUUUGGGGAGACAGGGAUGACAGCCUGAGGCCCCUCUCUCCGAGUGUAAUGCCUUGUAGUACUUUUGUCCCUGGGUUUUCUCUCCCAAAACCUCUUGCAGUCCAAGCCUUAUCCCUUCUGUUCCCUGUUAAAGGAAUUUCAAAGGACAAAGAGAAAGUUGGGAAGCUCCGUGGCGACUGGGGGAAGGAGGAGAGCAGUGGGAGGCUCCCCAAGCCCGUUAAAUUCCCACCAACCACUCAGAGCACAUCAUUUGGACCCACAUGUCACUCCCGAAUACCAGCUGACCACACGGGUGUCCACACCUGGCACUCCAGACGAGCACGAAGCAACCUUCCAGCCUUGAAAUGUGUCACCUGAAAAGCCUCAGCCUCAGGUGUGGAGACUCAACUGGACUGUUUGGAGAGAGAGAAGGCUCACACCAUGCUCGCUGUGCCUCUGGACAGGGAAACAGGAGAAGGAGGGCUCAGGGCAUAGGAGUGACCCAGUCCCACCAGACUGCCCUGCGUGUCUGUGGUCUGAGCUCUACAGAGAACACACCCAGCGUGGAUAUUGAGAGGGGUCCAGUCCUCCAGCUUCCAGAGAAGCAGGGACUUGCCCGUGAAAGACAGUGAGAAGAGAGGGAGAGCCCAGAGUCCUGGGUUCCAGCCCCAGCUCUGCCCCCAACUGGGCCUCAGUUUCCCCAUCUGUAAAAGGAAGGCAUCAGAUCCCCCUCAGGGUCCUUCCAGCUCCAGCGUUCGGUGCUUCCAAUGCCAGGAGCCUCUCCCUGGCCCUCACAGGGCUGAUCAUCUUCCUUCUCCCCAGGCUCGCUCUCCUGGGGACUCUCCAUCAGAGAAAGAAGAAGCCCUGAGAGGGAUUCCAAGAGAGCAGUUGGGAAGCAUCCGCUUUUCCAGUCAGGUCCUGGAAGCACACUCCCAUGUGUAUGAACAGUGCAUGUAGAGGAUACUCUAUUUUGUUUAUUUUAUAUCACAAGCUUCACUCCCCUGUAAGUUUCCUCUGCACUCCGUUUCUCCCAUCAGGGGACUAAAGUGGAAAUAAACCCUCUGUG